GCAACUUUAGGUGUGCCGACUAAAGACAGGGGGAGGAGGUAAGGGGGCAAAGAGCAAAAGCAAAUUUGGUGACCAAUUAAAGAUACAGGGCUGGAACCAUCGCCUCCUCCAGCUCCUUCCUUUAUCUCCCGCCCUCUGGGUGAGUGACUCAGCCAGGUUAAAAGAAGCGCAACGUGAGCGGUGAUUUUGGAAACUCAGAGUUAAGAUAGCAAAAACUAACGCAGGGGAGGAGACAAAGACCACACCCCACGGGUGCGAGGAACCAACUCGAGGGAGAAAAAUCCUAUUGGCGUCGAGGAGCUAGGGUGCCAGCCCCUGGGCGUGGUCUGCAAGGCGACCACGGCAGGCAACGGUCCGGGAAAGCGGGGGCAGUACGGGCCCGCUCCGCAGCCACCCGCGUCGCAGGAAGCCUAGCCGCGCCUUUGUCCGGUGCGCCCUCCUUGGCCUCGGACCCUGCACUGCGCUUCGCCGCUGCCAUGUGUGCCGCCCGGAUGCCAGCCCUGGCGCACAUCUUCCGAGGGACGUUCGUCCACUCCACCUGGACCUGCCCCAUGGAGGUGCUGCGGGAUCACCUCCUCGGCGUGAGCGACAGUGGCAAAAUAGUGUUUUUAGAAGAAGCUUCCCAACAAGAAAAGCUGGCCAAAGAAUGGGGCUUCAAGCCGUGUGAAGUCAGAGAACUCAGCCACCAUGAGUUCUUCAUGCCUGGGCUGGUUGAUACACAUAUCCAUGCCUCUCAGUAUUCUUUUGCUGGGACUAAUGUAGACCUGCCCCUUUUGGAGUGGCUGACCAAGUACACAUUUCCUACAGAAAACAGAUUCUGCAACAUCGACUUUGCUGAAGAAGUAUAUACCAGAGUGGUCAGGAGAACACUAAAGAAUGGAACAACCACCGCCUGUUACUUUGCAACAAUUCACACUGACUCAUCUCUGCUCCUUGCAGAAAUUACAGAUAAAUUUGGGCAGCGGGCAUUUGUGGGCAAAGUCUGCAUGGAUUUGAAUGACGCGGUUCCAGAAUACAAGGAAACCACUGAGGAAUCAAUCAAGGAGACAGAGAGAUUUGUGUCAGAAAUGCUCCAGAGGAAAUAUUCUAGAGUGAAGCCCAUAGUGACACCACGUUUUUCCCUUUCCUGCUCUGAGACUCUGAUGGGUGAACUCGGAAACAUUGCGAAGACCCAUGAUUUACACAUUCAGAGCCAUAUAAGUGAAAAUCCUGAUGAAGUUAAAGCAGUGAAAAACUUAUACCCCAGUUAUAAAAACUACACUGAUGUGUAUGAUAAAAACAAUCUUCUGACAAGUAAGACAGUGAUGGCGCAUGGCUGCUACCUUUCUGCAGAAGAACUGGACGUAUUCAGAGAACGAGGAGCAUCCAUUGCACAUUGUCCCAAUUCUAACUUAUCGAUCCUCAGUGGCUUUCUCAAUGUGUUGCAAGUCCUGGAACAUGACGUGAAAAUAGGGCUGGGUACAGAUGUGGCUGGGGGUUAUUCAUCUUCCAUGCUUGAUGCAAUCAGAAGAGCAGUGAUGGUUUCCAAUAUCCUUUUAAUCAGCAACGUAAAUGCAAAAAGCCUCACCCUCAAGGAGGUUUUCAGACUUGCUACUCUUGGAGGCAGCCAAGCCCUGGGGCUGGAUAAAGAGAUUGGAAACUUUGAGGUGGGCAAGGAAUUUGAUGCCCUCUUGAUCAACCCCAAAGCAUCUGACUCCCCCAUUGACCUGUUUUGUGGGGAUUUUGUUGGUGAUAUUUCUGAGGCCGUUAUCCAGAAGUUCCUCUAUCUAGGAGAUGACCGAAAUAUUGAGGAGGUUUAUGUGGGCGGAAAGCAGGUGGUUCCCUUUUCAAGCUCAGUGUGAGACCCUCAGCGUCUACCAGUUCUCCUGGGACAACGUCGUUCUGCGUCUGUUUGUGCCCAGGCGGAGUUAGAAAGUCAACGAAUAGUACCUUGUUCUUGGGCUGACUCUCUCUUCCUGUAUCCAGUUACAGUAUUGACUUGACAAAUCGUUUGAAGGAAGUUGUGCUAAUUCUCAACUCUGUGCUUGGGAGGGUUCAAAAUUUCUCUCUUUUGAGCUCUUCAGAUUUACUUUAAGCUCAAACAUAAGGGAAUGUUAUUCCUGAUGAUAUCCUUAUUAUGAGAUUUAAGUAAGAUUGACUUCAUAUGUGGAAAUGUGGAGAGGAAAGAUAUUUCUAUAAAGUUAGAUAUUUUAAGCCAAUAAACAUGAAAAUCAGAAAACAGAAAAUGAACCAGUGAAUAUAUUUUAAUGAAGGAGAAAACAUUAGACUAUGAACAAACACUGGAAAAUCACUUCAGAUUAUGUUUGAAAAUUAUAUACUGAGCAUACUAAUUUAAAAAGAGAAAUUGUUGAAUUUUAAAACGUGUUUCCCGAUUGACCUUGUCUUCUGGAAAUUUGCAUUUAAUGGAAUUUGCAUUUCAGAGAUGUGUUAUUGUUGUGCUUUGCCUUCUUCGGGGAUGAAAUGUCAGAAAUUGAAUGCCACGUGCUUUCUUAAUAUAGUUCUGUGCUUCAAAGUGUUUGACAGAAGUUGAGUAUUCAAGAUUUAAAGUUUCUUAGGAAUAUUAUUCUCAUAACUACAUGGCAUAAAUAGUUAUAUUUCUGUGUACUUUAAAGUCACCUUAAUGUAUAAUUGUGUGAUGCUGUUAUUGCUUCAAUUUUAUUAGAAGAGAAACAAAUUCCAUAAUCUACUGCUGUGUAGACUGGAGCCUUCAUAAAUUGGGGCAAGUGCUGAGCAUCCAAAAGCUGCCAAUACCAAAAGCAAGGGUCUCAUUGCAAUGACCUAUUCUCCCCGAGAACUACGCCAUAGUUGCUGGAAAUUUCAUACUCAGAUAUCAAUCUCUUAGAACUUUAAAAUGAAGGACAAAUCCUCUUAAAGAAAUGUUAAAAAUCUUUAAACCCUGGGGCCGGCCCUGUGGCGAGUGGUUAAGUUUGCUCGCUCCACUUCCUCGGCCCAGGGUUUUGCUGGUUCAGAUCCUGGGUGCG